AUGCGGAAGUGAUCGUCAUCGUAAAGGCUGUGAGUUGGAAGCUGUGCGAAAUGUGAGAAAACGAUCGUAGCUUAGAGGAAUUAACUAGUUUUACUUCAGUGGUUUGAAUGAAAAACGACGUUCCCACUUAGAGUGAUUGUUUCUUGGACGACUUGAGGCUCGAUCGGUUGAAGCCAAGAUAUGUCGUGGAUAAAAGAGGGAGAGCUAAAUCUGCUCGAAAAGGUUGCUGCCAAUGUGCUGAAGGCUGGACCCAUGCCUAAACAUGUAGCCUUCAUCAUGGACGGUAAUCGGCGCUUUGCACGGAAGAAAAACGUGGAGCGUCAGGAGGGACAUAUGCAAGGCUUCAACAAACUGGCAGAGACGCUACGUUGGUGCAAGCAUCUCAAUAUCCCAGAGGUAACGGUAUACGCCUUUAGCAUUGAGAACUUCAAGCGCACCAAAGAUGAGGUGGAUGGGCUGAUGGACCUGGCCAGGCAGAAAUUUGAGAGGCUGCUGGAAGAACAGGACAAUCUGGAAAAACAUGGAGUUUGUAUAAGAGUAUUGGGCGACUUGAACAUGCUCCCACUAGACCUUCAAGAGCUCAUUGCCAAAGCUGUGGUGUCAACCAGGACUCACAACAAAUGUUUCCUCAAUGUGUGCUUUGCAUACACAUCAAGAUAUGAAAUCACCAAUGCAGUGAGGGAGAUGGCUUGGGGAGUGGAGCAGGGCCUGAUCAAAGCGAGCGAUGUUUCAGAGGCGUUGCUAAGUGAGUGCCUGUACAGUAAUAACUCUCCCAAUCCUGAUUUGCUCAUCCGCACCUCAGGAGAGGUGCGCCUCAGCGACUUCCUUCUCUGGCAGACGUCCCACUCCUGCCUUGUGUUUCAGUCGGUUCUGUGGCCAGAGUACUCGUUCUGGAACCUGUGUGAAGCCGUUGUCCAGUAUCAGUUAAAUCACAAAUCCAUCCAGAAAGCCAGAGACCUCCAUCGAGAGGAACAGGCCCUGCAGCAGCUAGAGGCAGAUCACUCUUGCGUAGCAGAGCACCUGCAGCAUCAGGGGAAUGGAAAGCCAGCUGAUGCCAAGAGAAGACGAGAGGCAUUGCAGCAUUACACCGCCUCCCGGGAAGCACGAGUUCAGGACUUCCUACAAGCACUGAAGCACAAGAGAGACUCAUUCUUUAAUGACUUAUGCAGUGAAACUGUCUUGACCUAGGAGAGCUCUAAGGAACUAAUCUUCUGCCGAAGUAGAGAUAAAACCUCUCCCGUCCUCUUCCCUAAAGAGCUGCUGUGGAAAUGGGAAGAACAAACAGUAACUGAGAGUGGUUUCAUUUUGUUGCUGGUUUGUACAAAACGAGAGGGCAAUUUUACCCCUAUGGGGCUGUAGAAUAAUUGUGAUAUUUAUAAUUGUAGAUUUACAAAAUCUAAUAUGUGGAAAUGUCUGGUCAAGAUGUAGUUAAACUAUUGUAUUAGCUGUUUGUUAAAUGCAUGACUUUGAUGGAAAAGUUCAAAUCAGUGAGUGAAAAGCCCACACAUUAUGUGUUUUGGAGAUGCAUCCAACAGAGUUAUUUACAAAAGUCAGUAUGGUUUGAUAUUUUUGUUGCUGAAAGUGAUGUUUGUUUAGUGUGAUUUUGAAGACAUAACUAUAUUUUGACCAGCUUUCUAAAACAGAAUAAAGUGAGAACUGUAUAUCCAUAUA